AGGCCUGUAGUGCGAACAUGGUGCAAACCAACGAACAGAUACAGUGCAAACCAAAGAACGAUCAACGCUCGUAUGAUCGGAGAGCGCAUUCUCAUCUGUCCAAACUUUGUAGGGCAACAAUCCAACAAAGUCCAUGGCUAUCAAAUCUUCUAACAUGAAGCCCCUGAAAGACGACCCUCAGCGAUACAGAGACAUUUAUUACAACGCAUUCUACAAGAUGGCACUAAAAGAGUUCCUUUUUGAAAAAGUGACUCAAUUUUUUGAUACGACGGUGAUGAUGAGACUCACCCGUGCCUUCGAAGGUGGUGAAGAGUUCGGUGUUCUAGGAGUGGGACUUGGCGGUGGGCCACAUGAGCUUCACUUCAUGAAGAGUCUGCGAUCUCAUUUCUCAUCUAUCAAUACUGUUGGAGUGGACCCCAGUGAAUCCAUGCUGAACAAGUUUCAGCAGAGAGUAGCUGCGUUGGAACCCAAUGACGAAUCUUCCGUCUCAUACCAGUUGUUCAACGGUCCAUUCUCUGAGUUCUUAGCCGGAAGUGCCUUGUCCAAAAACAAGUACAAUCUCAUCACUGCUAUCCAUUCACUGUACCACCUCGGUGACUUUGAGACGACCUUCACCCAACUAGCAUCCAUGAUGAAAGACAUGGGCUUCAUCCUUGUUGUUUGUGCAAAAGAUAACCUUAUGACCAAGACUUUCAACAAGUUCACGUGGAUGUCAGAAAACACGCAAACGCUAUCAGGACUAUCUUCCACGAAGGUUCGAGAGUUCGCGCAGAGUCAAGGCUAUGACGUCACCACUGUAUACAUACCGAUGCAGUGGGACAUCACUGAAGUGUUUGACGACCAGUCUGAAUUUGGUAACAAACUCAUCGAUUUCUUCACCCAAUUUGCAUUUUUUCGGCAAACAGCGCCCUCUGAGCUGAUUGAUGAAUUGGUUAAUUUUUGGCGUUCAGUUUCGAUUCUGGAUGAAAAUGGACGUGUUCUAGCUUUAUCCGACGAAGAAAUUCUUCUGAUCUCGAAAUAAGAUCUUUGGUGUGGUCCGUCCGGGAGGGACGUCGCGACGUUGGGUAGUUCUGCGGGUUGACAGACGGACGGGCCAAAAUCAUAUAAAAUGCUUGAAAUAAAAUUAUUUGUUGGUGUAGGCCUACGACCAAAUGGGAUAAUUCAUUCUUGAUAAACCAAAAUUCAAGGACCCUUGAGCCAAUGACGGCCGUUGUAGUGUCCAAUUUUCAGCUAUCCUUUGUCAGAAACAUACUUAUCACCACAUUUAUUAUUUUCAUCAAAGUUUAUGAGGGUAUUUUCAGUUAAGCCGGGGAUGACGCAGUUUUAACGGUGCUCUCAGUAAAUUGAAAAAUCCCUCACCA